AUGGUUAAAGACGCUACAGUAGAGAAGAAAGCUGAGAAGACAACGGAAGAUAAAGUGCAAGCUAUCAAAACUCUCGAAGAGGAUGAUGAGUUUGAGGAUUUUCCAGAGGAUGAUUGGGAUGAUAAUCACACUAUUGCAACCAUGCCGACUUUAGAAGACUUGGAUGAUAACCAGGAUAUUGAGAUUGAUGACGAGAUCCUAAACUCGUCCACAACGGACAUUAUUAACCGAACAAAGCUACUUGAUAAUGAAAUCAAGUUGUUCCGUUCGGAGCUCUUGCGUCUUCAGCACGAAAAAUCGGUGAUGCUAGAGAAAAUAAAAGACAACAAGGAAAAGAUUAAGAAUAACAAGCAAUUACCCUAUCUUGUGGGUAAUGUGGUGGAAUUGUUGGACAUGAAUCCGGAUGAAGACGCCACUAAUGAGGGAGCCAACGUUGAUAUCGAGUCCACCAGGGUGGGUAAGUCCGCUGUCAUUAAGACAUCCACACGUCAGACGGUGUUUCUUCCGAUGGUUGGGUUGGUUGAGCCCGAUAAACUGAAACCCGGUGAUCUUAUUGGUGUUAAUAAAGAUUCCUAUUUGAUUCUUGAUAAGUUGCCAGCAGAGUACGACUCGCGUGUGAAGGCGAUGGAAGUCGACGAAAAACCUACAGAGACCUAUGCAGAUAUCGGUGGUUUGGAUAAGCAGGUUGAGGAAUUGGUUGAGGCAGUGGUUCUCCCUAUGCAACAGGCUGAUAAAUUCAAAAAGCUAGGUAUUAAACCUCCAAAGGGUGCAUUAAUGUACGGACCUCCAGGAACUGGUAAGACGUUACUUGCACGUGCGUGUGCCGCUCAAACCAAUGCCACCUUCUUAAAAUUGGCUGCUCCACAGUUAGUGCAGAUGUUCAUUGGUGACGGUGCUAAGCUGGUUAGAGAUGCGUUUGAAUUGGCUAAAGAGAAAGCUCCUACCAUCAUAUUCAUCGAUGAGUUGGAUGCUAUUGGUACAAAGAGAUUUGAUUCUGAUAAAAGUGGUGACAGAGAGGUGCAGAGAACCAUGUUGGAAUUGUUGAACCAGUUGGAUGGUUUUGGAUCGGAUGAUCGAGUUAAAGUGUUAGCUGCCACUAACAGAGUGGAUGUCUUGGACCCUGCCCUUCUAAGAUCGGGAAGAUUGGAUAGAAAAAUUGAGUUCCCACUACCUUCAGAAGAUGCUCGGGCCCAGAUCCUACAGAUUCAUGCCCGUAAGAUGUCCGUUGAUGACAACGUCAACUGGCAGGAAUUGGCUAGAUCGACCGACGAGUUCAAUGGUGCUCAGUUGAAGGCUGUUACCGUUGAGGCCGGUAUGAUUGCGCUUAGAACUGGACAGUCUGUCGUCAAGCACGAAGAUUUCAUUGAAGGUAUAAGCGAGGUUCAAGCAAGAAAGAAUAAGUCGGUGUCUUUCUAUGCUUAA